AUGUCUGACCAAGAUUAUUUUAGUUUUCAUGCAAACGACGAUUCUCUUUACCGUUUCAAUCAUACAAAGAAACCGGCAUCCUCAAGGGUAACUUCACCGGGUUCUGCACCAAAUACAGCAGUUCAAGAAACACAUUCUCCGAACACUGGCAGUCCAAUUACUCCCAUAAGUCCUGGUGGAACACAUAUACAACAUUUAUAUUUACAUCCGCCCUCUAAUGAUGCUUACUUAUUAUCAAAUCAACCUCUUUCUCCUAAUGGCAGCAGUACAAACUUACUUCGAGUUAAUAGGAGACCGUCCAACAACAGAUCUCAAUCCAAUCAUCAGGUAGUACAACAACAAGUGCUACACUAUCCGCUCGGUUCAAAUAGUUCCUCUGCCCAAUCAAGCAGAAGGACAUCCUUGGCAAGUGCAACUACCAACCCCAACAUACAUCAAUCUAUGCAUUCAUCACCUAACAAGAAUAGUAAAUUUAAUAAAAUACCAAAGGCCCUGUCUCCAACGAGAUCAUCCUCAUCCUCAUCUGAAAGAACCUUCUCUAAUUCCGCAUCAGAUUCUAACCUCACUACUCCAACUUUGAUAAUACCGCCAGAUUUGGCAUCGUUGAAGACACAUACGACGUCUAGUGUUACUACUCCUCAGCAUUUACAUAAAACACCACAUUCGCAUCUCAAUCAAACAUCCAAUGCAUCCAUCUCAACAAUUUCUCAAUUGACAAACUCAUCUCUGAAUAAUAUUCCAACCCCAACUCCAAACACAAAUGCCGUUACCUCAAAACUCGAAUCCCUGUCCUCGACACCAUCGACCAGAUCCAUCAUGCUAGCUAAUAAUGCAAGUUCUAAAUCAUUCAAGAAACAAUACGUCUUGAAUGAAAAAAUAUAUCUGGAAAAGAUGAAAAAUAAUAUCACUGAUGAUGACUAUUAUACGCGUGGUAUUGCACCCUCUCCAAUGUUGGAUGAUGAUCUAGAUACAGACGAAGAUUUAGACUUAGAUUUUGAUGACUUACUAAAUAAUAAUAAUGAAAGGAAAAACGGAAGAGGCCGAAGUACAAGCAAUGUUGGGACCACCGGAAGUUCUAGCAUUCCUUCUCCUGAAAGGAACAAUCCUGAUGAAAAUAUUAAUAAUAGUAAUAGGACUGGGCAAUCAAAUCAAGAUGACUUGGAAUUUGGAACAAAUCUCUUCACCACUACUUACAAUAAUGUCAGAAAUGAUAAAAAUCUUGUAGCAAUGAGUUCAAAAUAUUUAUUGCAACGUUUAGAAUGGCUAAGAACGGUUGAUCCAAACAAUCUUGAAAUAACUCAGAUUUUUGAAAAGAUACAUGAUGUCACUAAAAAUCUAUCCGCAUCAAAUGACCAAAAUGACGAUAUAAUUAAUGGUCAAUACGAUGCUGCUAUUGAAAACACUCAGAAAAAUUAUGUCUCACAAUUAUCAGAACAUCCAUUAGUCAUGGAACGUUUUAAAUGGCAGGCAAUGCUAUCAAAUGUUUUAAAAGGUGAUAUCGUGAAAAAUGAAAAGAGCAAAAUAGCAAGUCAAGUUAAAAAACCAAGAUUAAAUAGCCAAUUUUCCGAUGAAAUUUGGUUAGAAUUAAAGGCAUGGAUGAAUGGUAGAAAUAGUGAAGAUUUGUUAAAAUCUCUGAAAAUAUUAAGAGAUUCAACAGAUGUAUUAUUUCAAGAAAUUUUGGAUUUUAAAGUUCCAGAUGGCACGUCAGAUUGUGAGAUAGAGAUGAUUUUGACGACAUUGUUAAAAAAGUAUUAUAAAGCCGUGAAUUAUUGGCCAAAUUUGAAGAAAAUGAGUGAGGAUAAACCUAUUAUAGAUUCAGAAGAAUUUACCUACAGGAUAGAUGCCAUGAAUAGUUGGCUAAAUUUUAAGAAGAAUUUUCAAAUAAAGAUAGAUACUUUGAAAGAAUGGGUGGGCAAUGACGAAUUAAAUGUGCUGACACCCAAUGAUCCUCCAUUACAUCAAAUUGACAACUACACAAGAUCAUUCGCAGAACAAGUUAUGAAGGAGAAGGAUAUUGAAACAAUCUUUCAAAAGAAAAUCUUCUUUUCUCUGGCUCCCUGGAUAUUGAAAUCAAAAGUAUUCUUCUCACAUUAUGAACUUACAUUACGCAGUUUAAACCUAACAUAUCCAAACGAACAAUUAGAACUACUAUUGAUGUUCCCAAUACGGCUGGUUAAAGAAAUUAUCUUGAUCAGAUUACAAUAUGCCAAGAAAUUAAAGAAUCCUACCAUGAUGAUGAUUGAUCAAAUGAUUGACGAUUUUAGCUCGUACAUUCGUCUAUCCGUUCAAUUAAAAUAUACAGUCAACAAGUACUGUGAAGGAUGGUCCUUUAAUGUUACCUUGGAUCCUGAAUUUGAUAAUACUGUUAUUGAAGCAAUUCGCUACCUAUUCAAAUUGUUUAAUUUGAAAUUACUAGAUUCCAACAAAAAAUCAUUUAAGACCUUUAAGGAGCCAGAACUUAUCUUGAAAUACUGGGAUGAGCUGAAAAAUAUUGGCCACUAUAUUGAUAAUGCUGGGGUAUUGAUAGCAGCAGAGUUUAUCAAAGUAACUUUAAGAUUGUUGCAUAGGCUCCAUACUUACCUUUUGGAACAGCAGAAUACACCACCUCCAUUUCAAACAACAAAUGAUGCAGAAAGAUGGCUUACCGAAAUUUUUGAAAAUUUAGGCUCUAUGAAAAGGAAGUUAAACAGAUUUAAAAAUGUUUUAACCAAAGCAUUUCAAAAUUCAGCUAAUUAUAAAGUAGAAGAUCAUCAACAAUUGCUAAGAAGCUUGAGUGAUUCAGGACAUUUUCUUAUAUAUUCCGGUGGUGACUUGGAACAAAACGGAGUUUACUUGAUUGGGAGCCCCGAAUUAUUAGGCUGUGAUGAUGAUGACAUCUUAAGGAUCUUAAAUAAUAGUGAUAUUGGAUGUGACUUGAUACCAAAGUUAGAAAUCAAAAAUAGCUUGACCUUAUACAAUGUGUUCCAAGAUGGGUGGGAUCCAAACACGAUGAUCGUUCAAGGUACUGAUUCGAAUGGUAUUUCCUAUUACUAUGUAAAAAAUGAAUUGGAUGUGCCACAUCAAAACAGAAUUUUUUCGAAUACGAGCAGAACCAAUAUCAGUAUGGAAAAGGAUGAGUACCAUGACUCAGAGAGGGAGAUGCUAGAACUUGAAAUGGAAUUACAUUCUUUAGGUUAUAUUCUGAUUUUAACGCCACAGGAGCCAAUGCUAUGGGAAGGAAAAAUGUACAAUCUCUCCAAGGAUAGAGUCAUAAAGUUGGAUGAUCUUCAUGUAAAAUUAUCUUCAAAUCAAUUGGUUCUAAUGAACCAAGGAUCCAGUUAUGCCCUAGAAUACCAAUGUGAUAGAUUUCAGCAGAUUACUGAGGGGAAUGUUUUAUUAUUGAAUCGCCGUUGUUCCUUUGAUUUUGUAGAGAAUGAUCUUCAGAAGAUUAAUAAGUCUUAUUUCAGAUUCACAUACAGUGUUUUGAAUAAUUAUUCGAAAGUGGUAACUACAUUUAAAAGGGUUUGUCCUGCUAAUGAAUUAUUGAAUAGUAUUUUCUUAUUUGCCAGAGAUUUUGGAAGAAAUUUCUUGAGAACAAAUGUGGCCAAUUUUGAAAAAAAAUCUGUUAUUAUCCUGUUAAUGAUCAGACUAAGCGUGGGCUGGCUUUCGUUUCUUGUUGAAGAUUGUAAUCCUACUGAUCAGCGAACAUUCAGGUGGUGUGUUCCUGCAAUGGAAUUUGCCAUGCAAAUGACUAGUGGUUAUAAUAUCUUAGGAUUAACUGACUCGCAGUUUAGAUCUUUGAAAAGAAGAAUUGCCGCCUGCAUGUCGUUACUUAUCAGUCACUUUGAUGUUAUGGGUGCAAGAUCAAAUGAGGCGGAAAAGACCAAUCAACAGACAAGAUUGAAUAUUGAUAUACAAGAUGAUGUUGACGAAGAUUCUAUGUUAGAAUUGAAUUCACAGUUCAGGUUAAGAGCUAUCAAGGAACUGGAAAAAAGUUCUAAAAGAAAUCCACAUCAAAUAGGGAAAGUGUUAGAUGACACCGAUAAAGGUAAUAAAUACUUGUCAUCACUAGCGUCGUCAAUAUCGAAUCUGUCAAUAAGAUGGCAAAAGAGAAACUUCAUUGGUGGUGGUACUUUUGGGACUGUUUAUUCAGCGGUCAACUUAGAUAAUGGUGAAAUCUUAGCUGUUAAAGAGAUAAAAAUACAGGAUAGCAAGACUAUGAAGAAGAUAUUUCCCUUAGUAAAAGAGGAAAUGACAGUACUAGAAAUGUUGAACCAUCCAAAUAUUGUUCAAUACUACGGUGUUGAAGUACACAGGGAUAAGGUUAAUAUCUUCAUGGAAUACUGUGAAGGCGGGUCUAUGGCAAGUUUAUUAGAACAUGGUCGUAUUGAAGAUGAAAUGGUGACACAAGUUUAUACUUUAGAAUUAUUGGAGGGAUUAGCUUAUCUUCACCAAGCAGGAGUUGUUCAUCGUGACAUUAAACCCGAAAACAUAUUACUAGACUUCAAUGGCAUUAUAAAAUAUGUUGAUUUUGGGGCCGCCAGAAAAAUUGCAAAGAAUGGGACCAAAGUUACCAACAUUAACAGCAAGUCCAAGGAUGAUGAUGAACCUGAUGAAAAGGAUACAGAGGGUGGUGCAAACAGUGUACAUGAUAUGUUAGGAACCCCCAUGUAUAUGGCACCUGAAUCAAUUACAGGUUAUAAAAACAAAACGAAAUUUGGAUCUGAUGAUAUAUGGUCAUUUGGCUGUGUUGUGUUAGAGAUGAUUACAGGAAGGAGACCUUGGGCUAAUCUUGAUAAUGAAUGGGCAAUUAUUUACCAUGUUGCAGCUGGGCAAACUCCACAGUUACCGUAUCCUAAUGAAGUAUCACCUGCAGGCAGGAGAUUUUUACAAAGAUGCCUUGUUCAAGAUCCAAUUAAGAGAGCAACCGCUGUUGAGUUAUUGAUGGACCCCUGGAUUGUUGAAAUCAGGGAGGCUGCAUUUGGGCCUUCCGAAAACGAUAGCAAGGCUACUGAAGUAGACACCCCGAUAACAGAAGCUACACAGAGUCAACAAAUGCAUACAGAACUAUAA